CAAUCACGGCUGGUGGUGCAGCUGCCAGGUCACUCGUCUCGAGUCAACUGCUGCCACUGGCUGCCGCAACACCUGCACCUGUUACCUGGCACCAGCGCACCUCCUGAGCAUGUGCUCCUAUCGGGCAGCUCAAGCGGGUCACUGGUGGUGUGGUCGUACCACCCAGGCUCCCAACAGUGGUCGCAGCAGCAGCACCUGCCUGCAGCGCACAGCAAGGCCAUCACCAGCAUCGCCUCCCUGCUGCUGCCGCUCCCCCCUGCCACGCCCACCCACACACUGGAUGACACACCUCUUCCAACCCCGGGGGCACUGGUGGUUACCACGUCGGCGGACGGCACAGUGGGAGUGUGGGCGGGCAGCUGGCAGGGGGGAACAGGGGUGGGGAGCACAGCAGAGCCCGCAUGGGCGUCAGGAGAGGCAUGUGGGGAGAAGUUUGGAUUCUCCCUGGCGGCAGUGGAGAGCAUCCAAGUGGGCGGGCUGUGCAUGGAGGCCUCUGCUCUCUGCUGCCUGCCUGCUGGGGUGGCAGGGGCGGGAAGUGGUGGUGGUGAUGCAGGGAGUGGUGGUGGCGGAGGGGGGCAUGGCAGUGUGCUGCUUGCGCUAGGAGGGCUGGACAAUAAACUGCACCUCUACACUCGCCCCAUCACGCCUUCCUCGCCCGCGGUGCGCUUCACGAGGGUGUGUUCGCUGGCGGGGCAUCAGGACUGGAUCCGCUCCCUCUCCUUCUCCCUCCCCAUGCUCGCUGCACCCUCUGCUCCCACUGCGUCUGCUGCUUCUACUGCUUCACCACCACCACCAUCAUCACCAUCUGUAGCAGCAGCAGCAGCAGCAGCAGCAGCAACAGCGGGAGCAGCAACACCCGCCUCCCCCAGCAGCCCCCACGUGCUGCUCGCGUCUGCCUCUCAGGAUCGCAACGUGCGCGUGUGGAAGCUCACACUCUCUGCUCUUGUUGACUCUGGCUCUGACACUGCCAACAGUAGCGCUGCAAGUGCUGCUCAUUCCGAUCUUCUGAAAGAGUUUGGGGAGCUGGGGGGUUAUACAGCUGGACCGUGCUUCCAAUCAGGAAAGGACACGUGGCAGGUUAUGCUGGAUGGGCUGCUGGUGGGGCACGAGGAUUGGGUGCACUCGGUGACGUGGCACCCUCCCAUUCGCUCUCGUCGUUCCGUCCCAUCUACUGUUCCUGUUCUCCCUGUUGCCGAGCCUUUCAGCCCCGAGCCUGUUCCUUCCGAACCUACUGCUCUCAAUCCUCCUGCACAAGCCACUCUUUUCCAGCCCCUCCGCCUGCUGACGUCAUCGAUGGAUCGCACGAUGCUGAUGUGGCAGCCUGCCACGUGGAAGGGCGCUGGAGGUCUCUGGCUGGCAGAUGUCAGCCUGGGAGAGGUGGGGCACUCGUCUCUGGGGUUCUUUGGCGGUGUAUGGUCGCCACAUGGCAACGCGGUAUUGGCCCACGGGUUCACUGGGAGUCUGCACAUGUGGCGGGAUUAUGGGAGAGGGAGAGAAGAAGAGGGGGGAGGGGUGGGGGGGGAAACGGAGGAGGAGCAGGGUGGGGAAACCAAUGGGAGAGGGCGUGCAGGAACGAGGGGAAAGGUGAUGAGUGUUGGCAGUGUGGUGGAGGGGCUGGAAGGGAGGUGUGACGAUGCUGAUGUGGAUGAACGCACAAGGGGAGAUGGGAGAAGGGACGAGAGAGGAGGAGGGGAGGGGGAGAAGGGGAGGGAGAGGGAGGAGGAGUGGAGGGCGGUGGUGGCGCCAACGGGGCACUUUGGGGCGGUGGUGGACAUGUGCUGGGAUGCACACUCGCAGCUGCUGCUGUCUGUCAGUAGCGACCAGACAGCUCGCAUCUUCGCCCACUGGGAGCAUGGUGGCAGCAGCAUGCCUGGUGAUUUGGGUGGUGGUGAUGGCGGCGCGGUUGGUGGUGCAAGCAGUGGUGGGGGAGAGCAGCAGGCACAGGGGUGGCGGGAAACAGCUCGCCCGCAGGUACACGGCCACGACCUUAAAUGUGCUGCCUUCUGCCCGAGCCUCAGGCUCGGUGAUGGCUCGGAUGGGCAACGAUGCUCGGACAGGAGAGGAGGCUCGGGUGCAGUUGACGGGGCUGGUGCAGGGGAAAGGCACCAUGGGGAGGAGCCAGACUCAGGGCGGUCGGAUGGAGGGGUGGAGGGGACACAGGGGAGGCUGGAGCGAGGUCUGGUGUACGCACAAGGGCAGAUGUACGUGAGUGGCGCGGAGGAGAAGGUGGUUCGCGUGUUUGAGUCGCCCCAGAUGUUCCUUGACUCCCUUCACUUCACCAUGCCCACUGCCACCAUGCCCACUGCCUCUGGCACCCGUGGCGGAGAGGAGGGGGGAAGUCCUGAUGAGGACGGUAGCAGAGAGGGAGGUGCAGCAGCAGUGGCAGUGGCAGUGGCAGUGCCACAGCAAGGGAAGGGCGUGGCGAUGGCAGCAAGCAUGUCGGCUCUGGGUCUGUCACAGAAGCCCAUCUACUCCUCUGCUGCCGCUCGUAUGUGUGUGGGAUUCAUGAUUCCUCCCAGCGACCCCACCUCCGCGCUUUCCUCCUCUCGCGGCUUCUCCCAGUACGGAGAUGCUGACGACGCCAUGCCAUUGCCCACCUUCCUCUCCCCUCCCCUUCCCAUUCUCUCCCCUCCCAUUCUCUUCCCUCUCUUCCUUCUUCCCCGCCUCCCCACCUCCCACCGAUCCCACGUCCACUCUCACCUCAUCCCACGUCCACUCUCACCUCAUCCCACGUCCACUCUCACCUCAUCCCACGUCCACUCUCACCUCAUCCCACGCCCACUCUCACCUCAUCCCACGUCCACUCUCACCUCAUCCCUCGGCUUUUCCCAGUACUGGGAUGCGGACGACCUCCCACCGAUCCCACGUCCACGCUUGCCUCGUCCCUCGGCUUCUCCCACUCCCACCGAUCCCACGUCCACGCUCGCCUCAUCCCUCGGCUACUCGCAAUACGGGGAUGCUGAUGACGCCAUGCCAGUGCCGCCAGCCGUGCUGCAGCAGCCGCCCAGGGAGGAGCAGCUGGCGGGCGGCACGCUUUGGCCGGAAGUGAGGAAGCUGUACGGCCACGGGAAUGAGAUCCUGUGCUGUGCUGCCGACCACGGGGGAAGGUUCCUGGCAACUGCCUGCAAGGCCCAGUCACCUGAGUUCGCAGCCAUCUGGCUCUGGCAUACACCCACCCCAUCUCCCUCUCCCUCCUCCACCACCACCUCCACCUCCACCUCCUCCUCCUCCCCCUCCACCGCGUCAGCAGCCCCCUGGACAGCAGCAGCGCGGCUAUCAGCCCACACGCUCUCAGUGACGCAGAUGCACUUCUCCCCCUGCGAUGCCCUCCUCCUCUCCGUCUCCCGCGACCGCCACUUCUGCCUCUUCGCUGCCACUCACGCUGCUGCUGACGCUGGUAGGUCUGCCCCCCGUGCUGCUGGGUCCCUCCCCUCUGCCUGUGCAUCAGCCCCCUCCCCCUACCAUCUGGUAGCAAGGGUGGAGGCACACAAGCGAAUCAUCUGGGCUUGCUCCUGGGCGCCCUCGGGCCGCAUCUUUGCCACGGGGUCCCGAGACAAGUCGUCGGCUCAAGAGUUCCCUCAAGAGUUCCCUCAAGAGUUCCCUCAAGAGUUCCCUCAAGAGUUCCCUCAAGAGUUCCCUCAAGAGUUCCCUCAAGAGUUCCCUCAAGAGUUCCCUCAAGAGUUCCCUCAAGAGUUCCCUCAAGAGUUCCCUCAAGAGUUCCCUCAAGAGUUCCCUCAAGAGUUCCCUCAAGAGUUCCCUCAAGACUUCCCUCAAGAGCUCCCUCAAGAGCUCCCUCAAGAGCUCCCUCAAGAGCUCCCUCAAGAGCUCCCUCAAGAGCUCCCUCAAGAGCUCCCUCAAGAGCUCCCUCAAGAGCUCCCUCAAGAGCUCCCUCAAGAGCUCCCUCAAGAGCUCCCUCAAGAGCUCCCUCAAGAGCUCCCUCAAGAGCUCCCUCAAGAGCUCCCUCAAGAGCUCCCUCAAGAGCUCCCUCAAGAGCUCCCUCAAGAGCUCCCUCAAGAGCUCCCUCAAGAGCUCCCUCAAGAGCUCCCUCAAGAGUUCCCUCAAGAGUUCCCUCAAGAGUUCCCUCAAGAGUUCCCUCAAGAGUUCCCUCAAGAGUUCCCUCAAGAGUUCCCUCAAGAGUUCCCUCAAGAGUUCCCUCAAGAGUUCCCUCAAGAGUUCCCUCAAGAGUUCCCUCAAGAGUUCCCUCAAGAGUUCCCUCAAGAGUUCCCUCAAGAGUUCCCUCAAGAGUUCCCUCAAGAGUUCCCUCAAGAGUUCCCUCAAGAGUUCCCUCAAGAGUUCCCUCAAGAGUUCCCUCAAGAGUUCCCUCAAGAGUUCCCUCAAGCCGCUUCUUUGACGAUCACUGGGUCGAGAGAAAGUUCGGUGAAGGUGUGGCAAGUCACUGAACAGCUACCCUCCGCUGCCCCUCCCACUCCCUCCACCACCUCCCCUCCCUCCUCCCACACCACCACCCUCCUCGCAACCCUCCCCACCUUUCCCCACCCAGUCACCGCUGUGGCUUGGUCCCCUUACCUUCCACCCCUCACUCCUCCCCCUCCUCAUUCAAAACUCUCCACAACCAACCCACCUGCUGAUCCUGGUUCUGCCUCUACUACCACAGCUGCACUACGCUCGCUCCUUGCUGUUGGCCUAGAGAAUGGGGUGAUACAGUUGUGGAGCGCAGACCUUUCCCCCUUUGCUUCACCCACUUCCACCGCACUCCACCCCUCACCUUCUCCACCCAAGCUGCAGCUGCAGCGUCUGGUGGCCUUUAGUGACAUCCAUUGCCACCUGGCAGCUGUUCAUAGGCUGAGGUGGCGAGGGGAAGUUGGAGCGAGGGAUAGAGGCGCAGGAGAGGUUAGGGUUACUGGGGGUAACAGCGAGGCAGGUGCAGAAGAGGUGGGGGGAGGGAGGUGUUUGGAGUUGGCUAGCUGCUCAGAUGACCAUUCCGUGAGGCUGUUUCGGAUCAAUGUGCAUCAUUUGUAA